CGAAGAAGUAGAGUAUGGCGAGGAGGGGAAGGCAAAAACCACUUGCCCAUGUUGAAAUGUGAAUACCUUCUUCUUCGAUAGCGUUUCAUUUGGUUUUUCAGCGGUUUUCAACCGCGUCGCGUCCGGUUUGGACGAUUUUAUUGACCUUGUAUACAUAGCGUAAAAUGUGUUUUGUGUAAUUCGCGUACGUUGCCCUGGGAUUUUUCUAAGGGGGUGGAUUAUUUUGUUUUAUUGACGAAACAAACGCACAAAUCAACCACGAGGGGAUGUUAAAAGUGAACUUUUGUGUAUUGGAUUAUUAAACAGAAAGCGCAUUCAUCAUGUUAGCCAUGAUGGAAUAUGGUACCAUAAAAUAUGCAAGCUCCACGAUGUCUUCAGAAACUUUGAGUGAAAGUUGCGGUAGUCGCAAUAAUCGCAUCAGGACUGUGAGAUUGGUGAGACCCAGUCACGGACCAUCGCCAGGACUCUGCUACAGACACGGACCCUCGUUGGGGUUCAGCAUCAGAGGCGGACGCGAGCACGGCACUGGGAUUUUCGUGUCUCAAGUUCAGGCGGGAUCCGAGGCUCAUACAGCAGGACUGAGGGUAGGCGAUCAAAUAAUCCGCAUCAACGGGUUCGCCAUAGACGACGCAGUUCACAAGGAAGUCCUCCAGUUAAUUUCAAAUCAUUCUCAUCUUAUACUGAAAGUCAGAGGAGUAGGAAUGAUCCCAGUUAAAAAUAAAAUUUCUGACGGAUUGAGUUGGCAAAUAAUCAGCGCAGACACGGAAUCGCCUCUAUUACAAGAAUCCCCUCAAUUGAAUGACAAAAAUGACGUUAGAAUCAACAUUUUGGUGGCUCCGAAGAGCAAACUCGGAUGCGGAAUCUGCAAAGGUCCGGAUUGGAAACCUGGCAUAUUCGUGCAAUUCACCAAAGAGGGCGGCAUCGCGCGCGAAGCCGGUCUAAGGCCGGGCGACCAAAUUCUCCACUGCAACCAGGUGGAUUUUGGCGAUAUCAAUUUCAACGAAGCUGUGAGUCUGAUGAAAUCCUCGAAACAGUUACAGUUGACGGUGCGCAAGGGCGCAGGUUCUGAACUGUUUCCUGGUGAGUCCAGCGGUUACAAUAGCUCGGCUAGUAGCGUUACUGGAGAUCAAAGUCCAUCGUGGGCCGAUUCGAAGCGACUGUCAAUCGUCAAAGAAGAGUUGACGCAGUUGGAUCAGUUCAAGAAAAAUUUUAAAAAAUGGGACUCUUGGGACGAGGAUUCUGAAGACAAGCCGCUAUUCAAACCCACAAUAAUUAAUUUAACUGAAACUGGUACUACGAUUCAUAACAAUGGCUCACAAUCACAGUAUUCGUUUAAGGAAGAACCAUUGUAUACUCUUCCUCAAAAAACACAUCCAAAAACUAUGGCAGAAGUGCACCAUAACUCUGAAAAAAACGGUCACUUAACUUUGACAAAAAGCGCCUCCACUAGUAGUUUUGGCAGUGUUGCUAGUUGCAGCAACAGCGUGGCUAGUAAUGUGACUAGCACCAGUUUGUCUUCGGCUAUUACAAUGGAAAUUCAACGAAGACAAAAGAAAAUUUUGACUGGGAAAAUAUCGAUAGACGACCAAUUGAGGGGGAAGAUUUUUAAAAAUACUGGGGAUUCGGAAAAGCAGUGGCAACACAGUCAAUUAAUGGACGAAUUUAAAAAGGCGCAUAGGAGAAUGUUUAAAAAUUGUGGAAACGAAAUUAAUGAAAAUUUGUCCAGUUGUGAAGAUCGAAUUAACAACAAUAACGAAUUAACGCAAAAAUUAUCGAAAAGAUUAUCAGAAAUACAACAAACGAGUGAUUGUUCCAAUGGUGCGACUCCUCCACCACCACCGCCGCCUCCUCAACUCCCCUUCAAACCACUUACCGCUACCUUGAAAAAACCUCCUGCAGUCCCUAUUAAAUAUUCAGUACUAUCGUCGCCGCCACCUUGCCCCACCCCCGACUACGACACCUUAAGUUUAUCCAGCAGUACCUCCUCCCAUACUCCGAUAAAUAAACGGAUUUUAAGCAAGAGUCAAUCGGAAACGAGCACAAUUAGGAGAGGGGGCAGGCCUGUAAGCGUCACCAUUGGCGAAUACCCUUCAAUGAGACGUGAAGUGGGAAAAUUGGAUUUUCUACAAAGUACUAACAAAACCAGUGGCGGAGCCAUAAACGACAGAUUAACCAGUGAGCUAACACAGACUCUGAAUAGGUCUAAUUUAAAAAAACGAACGGAGUCUAUGGAAAAUUUAAUCGAGCAACAACGUAACGGCACCGUAAAAAUAAAUUUAAACAAGUCUACAAACGACCUCACCAAUGAUUAUAUCACCAUUAACGUCAACAAAAACAAAAGUAUCACUUUUGCCGAUGAUAAUAAUUAAUGGAUGAUAUUAAAUAAACCACUUUCCGUUAUCCUAUAUUAUGUGGAUCCAACAUUACGCUGUUUUGUGCAAUUAUUAUGAAUGUAUGUAUUUU